GCAGAGCAGAGCAGAGCAAAGCAGAGCAGAGCAGAGCAGAGCUGAGCUGUGGACUGGACUGGACUGGACCAUGCUGUUGGCUGGACUGGACCAUGAUGAAUGCAUCCUCAAUGGGCUGGUGUGCAGGUGAGCCAACGUGAGAACCACCAGGCACCGCUUUCGCACAUGGGAACAGCAACCUUUAUGCGCAUUUUAACAGUUUGGAGACAUGUCUAGAGACAGCAUGACAGACACACGAGGAGUCCAUUCACCUAAGGAGAAUGGACACGUCCCCAGCUCCAGCACCAACUUCCCCCAUCCCCAUCCCUCUCAGCCUGAGGACAUACCCGACGACACCCCGGUGUCUUCGACCAGCGAGAUCACACACACCUGGGCUCACGUCGCCAAGACCUUUGUGCUCAUUUUCCCCAUUUAUGCACUUGGCUAUUUCGAGUUCAGCUUCUCCUGGCUGCUCAUUGGACUCGUUAUCUUCUUCUGGUGGAGGAGAAUCACUGGAGGGAAACACAGCAGACUGACCAGAGCUCUGGCUUUCUUUGAUGAAGAGGAGGAGAGAAGUAUCAAGCAGAACCUCGCCACCUCUGAUAUGCCACCAUGGGUCCAUUUCCCAGACGUAGAGCGAGUGGAGUGGCUGAACAAGACAGUGAAACAGAUGUGGCCGUACAUCUGCCAGUUUGUGGAGAAACUGUUCCACGAGACGAUCGAGCCGGCGGUGAAGGAGUCCAACGCCCACCUCAGCACCUUCUGCUUCAGCAAGGUCGACAUGGGAGACAAACCCCUGAGGGUCAACGGGGUCAAGGUUUAUUCAGAAAAUGUGGAUCAGAGACAGAUCAUCAUGGAUCUACAGAUCAGCUUUGUUGGCAACACCGAGAUCGACGUAGACAUCAAACGCUACUACUGCAAAGCCGGCAUCAAGAGCAUCCAGAUCCACGGCGUGUUGAGGGUGGUGAUGGAGCCGUUGCUGGGUGACAUGCCUCUCAUUGGAGCUCUCUCUGUGUUCUUUCUCAAGAAGCCACUUCUGGACAUAAACUGGACUGGCCUCACCAAUAUACUUGACAUUCCUGGACUCAAUGGUUUCUCUGACAAUCUGAUUCAAGACAUCAUCUACAGCUACCUGGUUUUACCCAAUCGUAUCACCAUCCCACUGGUCGGGGACGUGGAACUGGCCAAGCUACGCUUCCCCAUGCCAAAGGGAGUCCUGAGGAUUCACUUCUUGGAGGCUCAGGAUCUGGAAGGGAAGGACACAUUUCUAGGAGGGCUGAUCAAGGGCAAGUCUGACCCGUACGGCGUCCUGCAGAUCGGCAACCAGCUGUUCCAGAGCAAGGCGGUGAAGGAGACCCUCCAUCCCAAAUGGAACGAAGUUUACGAGGCUUUGGUGUACGAGCACUCAGGGCAACACCUGGAGAUUGAGCUGUUUGACGAGGAUCCUGAUAAAGAUGAUUUCCUGGGAAGCCUGAUGAUCGAUAUGACUGAGCUGCACAAGGAACAGAAGGUUGAUGAGUGGUUUGACCUGGAAGAAGCUCCCACUGGAAAACUCCACUUAAAACUGGAGUGGCUGUCUCUGCUCUCCACUCCUGACAAGUUGGACCAGGUGCUGCGAAGUGUUCGAGCAGACAGGAGCCUGGCCAAUGAUGGACUGUCGUCAGCGCUGCUGGUGGUCUUCCUGGACACAGCGAAGAACCUGCCUAGCGUCUUCACAGGCAGCUUAGGCUGCGGGAACUUAAGUGAGAGAAGAGCGUCGGGUCUAGUCUUUUGUGAGAGCAAUACGUCAGAGUAUAAAACAAUAUUUUCGGGAAAGAAGAGUAGCAGUGAGCCCUGUCCUUUUGUCCAAUUCACUGUUGGACACAAAACACUUGAGAGCAAGAUCCGGUACAAGACCAAGGAGCCUCUGUGGGAGGACUGCUUCUCAUUCUUUGUUCACAAUCCCAGGAGGCAGGAGCUCGAGCUGCAGGUAAAAGAUGACAAGCACAAAUGCAUCCUGGGUAAUUUGACGGUGCCUUUGAGCGGCCUGUUGGCGGAGGAGGACAUGACGCUGACUCAGUGCUUUCCCCUCAAGAACUCGGGGCCCAGCUCCACCAUUAAACUGAAGAUGGCCCUGAGGAUCCUGUCCCUGGAGAAGCAGGUAUCCUCAGACCAGCCCUCCUCCGUCCAGGUCAGGAAGUCUAGCGUGCCGCAGCCGACCCCGGCCCCCACCCAGAGACGAUCGGUCUCAGACUCCCCGCUGCCUCCGCCCACGCCUCCGCCACGUAUACACUCUUCCACCCUCACCCUCCAACACAGGGACGGCGAGCCGUACUCGGCCAGCCCUCUCCGCAGCGUCUCCAACCUGAGCACCUGCAUGUCGAGCUCCCAGAAGCACCUGCCUCACAAGGAGUCCACGCCGAGCCUGGCCUCGGACAUCUCCCUGCCCUUCGCCACCAUGGAGCUCCAGCAUCGGCUUCGCCAGCUGCAGAAUGGCUCGGCCCCCAGCCAGUACCCCCUGGGUGAGGUCCAACUGACUGUGCGGCACAGCUCCCAGAGGAACAAACUGAUUGUGGUGGCGCACGCCUGCCGUAACUUGAUAGCCUUCACCAAAGAUGGCUCGGAUCCCUUCAUCCGCCUCUAUCUGCUGCCUGACAAGAGCCGGACGGGGAGGAGGAAGACCAGCACGAUGAAGAGGACCCUCAACCCUGUUUAUGAUCAAACGUUUGAGUUUAGUGUAUCUAUGGUGGAGCUCCACAGGAGAACUCUGGAUGUAGCAGUGAAGAACGGAGGGAGCAUCCUGUCCAAACACAAAGGGCUUCUGGGAAAGGUGCUGGUAGAUUUAAGUGGGGAGGAUAUAUCAAAAGGACUCACACAAUGGUAUGAUCUGAGUGAAGAUGGUGUGUCGUCUCAAGGCAUAAGAAGUAUUCAAGACUCCCUCCUCACAUAGUGAAACCACCUGUAAUAUAGUGAUCUUGUUAUUAAUAUAAGGGGACAGCAAUUUGUUGUAAUCAUGUACAUUUUUCAUAUAGUUCCCAGAACUUAUUUCAGCAUGCAAAACGUUUUUUCAAACAUUUCCUAUCAUUAUUUCAUUAAUGGAAGAUAUUGUAACAUAUUGUAAUGCGUUGAAACACACUAACUGCCUUGUCUCAAUGUUUCAUGUAAAUAUCAAGUUGCUAAUAUGUAAGAAUUUGCAGGGGUUUCAUGGCAUUAUAUUUCCUUCAGGGAAAUGAUAUUGAAAUCAAAAUUGUUCUUGCUGUUUGUCCCAUUUGUUCAAAUGUGACAAAUGAUGUUUUGUCGUCUGAGAAAACUCUUAACCAAAGGAACAGAUACAAUCACAAAAGUAGGUAGCAGUCUUGACUUUGAUAUUUUAUUUUGUCAUGCAGUGUUAUUUGAUUGUUUACCUCUUUAUUGUUCUUUAUGCUUGAUUACAAACACGGAAUGCACAUAUGCAAAGAAUAAAAUGAUCGCUCUGUAUAUUUUAAGAGGACUUCGUGCAAUAUUGGAUGUUACUGAAGACCCGUGGGGCAUUUUAGGGCUAUGAAGAAGCACUGUAUAAUAUGAAGGAUACUUGAAUACGAGUUUGAUUGAUGUUCAAACCAAACGUGAGUCGAACAAACUGAAUAAUAUGAGCAGAGAUGACAGUUAUUGCGUUUUUAUGAGCAGGGCUGCCAGAACGUGUUGUUAUGAUGACACAGCUGUAACGUCGUAAAGGCUUGUACAUGUUUUGCCACACAGUUGUAACUGCUGGAGGUUUUAAAUACUUUUUCUUGUUAUCUAUCCUGUGCCUUAAAGAAAACCCGCUGUGUAAUUUUUGCCUUCUUAAUGUUAUUAUUUUGAAUGAUAUGACACCUCAUGGGUUUUGAGGAAUAAAUGGUUUCUCUUGUGAAAAUGG